UCUCUCUCUCUCCCCCCCUCUCUCAGCCGCCCACCCAUCACCUACUCGUCUGCUGUUCCCCUGGUGUCCCCCUGUCCGCCGUAGCACUUUCCUCCCUGUAAAGAUGGGUUGUUUCCAAAGCAAGCCCGCCGCCGCUGCCGGGGCAGCUGAGACCUGCGCCCCCAACCCCACCAGCCCCACCUACGCCAAUGCCACGGUCGGUGGCUCGCUCGGGGCUCCGGGCGCUCUGAGCGCCACGUCCGCCUCCGCCGACGAUGGCCACGGCGAGACCAUCAAGAUUUUGCUGCUCGGCCCCGGCGAGUCCGGCAAGUCCACCCUCCUGCGCCAGAUCGAGAUCAUGCACGAUAUCCCCACCAGCGAUCUGAAGCUCUACCGCACCUGCCUCAAGCGCAACUGCGCCCAGUCCAUGCAGGUCCUCGUGGAGCAGGCCACCCUUUGGGGCUAUGACUUCGGCGAGGAUGAGAAGCACGCCGAGAUUGUGGCCAACUUUGACCUUUCCAAUGAGACUGCCUUCGACCGGACAAUGGUCACGGCUAUCCAGUCCCUGUGGGACAACCCGGCCAUCAAGAAGGCCUUCGCCCGGCGCUCGGAGUUCUGGCUGCUCGAGGCGGCUCCUUACUACUUCUCCAUCGCCGAGAACCUCAUCUCGCCGGGCUACAAGCCCACCGAGAUGGACAUCAUCAUGACGCGUGUCGUCACCACCGGCAUCACCACCCGCCUGCUGGACACCAAGCACGACCACAACAAGUACAUCCUUGUUGAUGUGGGCGGCCAGCGCAAUGAGCGCCGCAAGUGGGCCAAGUCCUUCGAAGGCGUGCGCGCCAUCAUUUUCGUCAUCAACAUGGCCGAUUACACCAACAUUCUUUACGAGGAUGCCACGGUCAACCGCAUGGUCGAGGCCCUGAAGCUCUUUUCUACCACCGUCAACACCCCCAUGUUCGAGGACACCCCGUUCUAUGUGGUGCUCAACAAGCGCGAUCUGCUGGAGACCUCGCUCGGGGAGCGGCCACUCAGCGUCUGCGAGUCCUUCGCGGACUACGUGUCCCCCUUCGCCCCGGCCGAAGGCUACCCCUCCAUGUCCGGGGAGGACAUCGAUAUCGACCGCGAGCCGCGCAUGGCCUCCCCGCAGGAGGUUGACCAUGCUGUGGAGUACAUCAAGGGGAAGGUUUUGUCCCUGGUGCACAGCGGGCCCCUCGAGCGGGUGGAGGUCUUCGCCCUGUCGUCAAUGCGCCGUGCCGAGGUCCAGCCCUUCUGGAAUGAGCUGACCGACACCCUGCCGUCGCGUCUUCAGCUAAACUAGAGCCCCACCCGUGUCCCAAGAAAGGCCCGUGUGCGAGAGAGGUGCCGCGCGCCGUGCCGCAGCAAAUACAUACAUAUGCAUAUACACAUGCAUGCGCGCGUGCGCGCGGCGUUGCAUCUCCAUAUGGUAUCAUGUAUGCAUGGGCGUGUCGGUAAAUGCCGAUAUACUCAUAGCCGCACACCGGCAGCAGGGGGGCGGGGCGCCAAUCCACGCAUACGCACAUACAUGCACAGACACACACACACACACACA